GUUGUAAUAUGGACCAAUGGCUGCGCCAUUGUACAUACCAGUACAUACAGUAGGCUAUUGUAUAGUGAAUUCUUGUCAAGAAAUGUUACCGGAAAAACAAGAAACAAGAUUAAAAGUUUGUGUAGCUAGUCUUUUAGAAAAAAAAGACAAAUAGUGGUUCAUCGCGUGGAAUUUUGGCCCGUCACGCCAAAAUUUUGCCUAAAGUAAAAAUAACUUUUUGCUUAUCGAAGCUUCAACUGUGUUUUACUUGUGUGACGUUUGUGUAGUGAGAUCACCAUGCGAUCAUUAUGACAGAUCACUGUUCACGUCGUCUGAAGGAUAUCGCCUUUUGUCGAACAAUCUCUUCUAGACGACUCCAAAAGGUGGUUUACACUUUGCGCAAUCAUGAGAAUGGACUGAUUUUCCGAGCCAAAAGUGCCUCGUAAACGAGAAAACAUUUAAUUAUCAAUAUUUCGAUCGAGUGUCAAAAUAAGCAGUAAACAUGAAGAAACAAUUUUUUCGAGUAAAACAACUGGCGGAUCAGACUUUUUCCAGAGCUGGAAAAACUGAGGUAUUAACGGACGAUUUGCAAGCAGCGGAUAAACAUGUGGAACAAAUCAGAACAGCUCUUAAUGGAUUAAGUAAACGUUUUGGAAAUCUACCAAACCAAGCAGUGGCCCAAGAAGGUGUUUACAAAGAAAAGCGUCUGAAAAAAUGUCCAGAAUGGGUGCUAGGACAAACAAUGCUGGAGAGUACUGGCGACGAGAGUCUUCUCAGUUUUGUAAUGUCAGAAUGUGGACGGGCGCAAGUUGCAUUAGCCGCUGAAACUGUCGAUCAUGAAUCCAAAGUGGAACAAUAUGUUGCCGCUCCGCUGUUGCGCAUUUUAGAAACAGAUGUGCCAAAUAUUAUAAAAUUUAAAAGAAAUUUACAGCGUUUAAUUUUGGAUAUGGAUAGUGCGCGAACGAGAUAUCAUCAAGCGAGUAAACAUAAUGCCAGUGGAACGGGAGCGACGAAAGUUGAUAGUCUAAAGGAUGAAUUGGAGGAAGCCGAGGCGAAAGUUGAACAAUGUCGAGAUCACCUUGCAGCUGAAAUGUUUCAGUUAAUGUCUAGAGAAACUGAACUUGCCCAAAUUAUCAUUCAAUAUGUAAAACUUCAAAGAGCAUAUCAUGAGAGCAUGCUGCAUUGUUUAGAGGAUCUUAUCCCGGGACUUGAAUGCUAUAUUAAUAACAACGAAAUGAAACCCGUUUACGGUUAUUCUCUAGAGGAACAUUUACGAGUUACAAAUAGAAAAAUAGCAUUGCCGAUUCAACUUUGCGUCUCGGCGUUACUAAGGCUAGGAAUGGAGGAAGAAGGACUUUUUCGAAUAGCAGGUGGUGCUUCAAAACUUCGACGAAUCAAGCUCAGUUUAGACGCUUGUUGUCUUAAUUUGCCGACUGCUCUUGAAUACAAGGAUCCACAUGUGAUUGCUGGAGCUCUAAAGUCUUACCUUAGAGAGUUACCUGUUCCUUUACUUACUUUCGAUUUAUAUCCCGAAUGGAUGGCAGCUGCUAAAGUAGUUCAAAACGAAGCAAGGCUGAAAGCUCUCUGGGAGGUGCUACACAAGUUACCGCCGGCAAAUUUAGAAAAUUUAAGGUUCCUAAUAAAAUUUUUAGCAAUGCUGACCAAAAAUCAGGAUAUUAAUAAAAUGACCCCUCAUAACAUUGCCAUUGUCAUUGCUCCAAAUCUUAUCUGGAGUCCACCCGAGGAUUUGAAUCCCAUGGCGAUGGAAAUGAGUACAGCUAACAAUUCUAGUCUUAUAGUAGAUCAGCUGGUAACAUACGCCGACUGGUUUUUCCCCGGCGAAAUAGAUUUCGAUCGCGAUUUAGAUGUAGGAAUUGUGAACGGUUCGGAAAAUCAGGUUGUUGGCAUGAGACGUUGUAUGUCGAAUAGCAGUCUCAGCGAUUUGGGAGAGAGUCCACCGCAGGGUAGUCCAAAGCCUGCGACACGUCGAAAAAAUAAACCGGCACCAAUUCCACCGUCUUUCACACCCGACAAACACGAGAGAAAAUCUGACGAUAAACCACCGCCCGCCCCAGACAAACCGCCAAGACCCCUCGCAACAGCAACAUUAAAUCGUGUCACUUAUAAAGCACAAAAGCACGAGGUUAACGCCGAAUUAAUAAAUCCAUCCAAUAGAAGUGGAGAGAAAAUUGAAAAAAAUUCCGAGCGCAAUAUUAAAUCCACAAACUGUGAUGUAUCGACGAAAUCCAUUGUUGCUAAUCAAACGGAAAACAUUGAACGUCCAGUUGAAACGCGCAAGGAACAACAGGAAACAACAAUUUCUACGAAAGCAAAUUAUCAGACUGAGAAAGUUGCAGAAGAAUUGAAAAGUGUUCUUCCCAUUGGUUUUGAGGCUCUUGUCAAAACGGAACAGGAUGCUAAUGUUGAGUCUGAAAAUUUAGAUAAUAAUUCAUCGAAAGUGAAAACGGUGCCUAGUGAAAAGACUUGUCCAACAACGCAAGAAAGGCGACCCAUUCCUGUAGCAGCGCCAAGAAGCAUUACAAACAUAUCGUUACAAACGACAGAUGACAUUGUGGAAAUGAGAAAAAAACCUGAGAUUUCAUCAGGAUCGGAAAAAAAUCACAAACCCGCCAUUCCGGAAAGACCAGCUGGUUUAGCACGACCUUCAAGUCUCAUAAGGCCACAACCGCGUCACAGUAAUGAAAAUUUGGAUAACGAAUCAGGGCUGCUCACCUUGGAACGAGCGCACAUGUAUUCGGUGGAUAAACAACAGGUCAGUAUAAUUCAAGUGCGUGGCAACAACAAUGCUUUACAUUCGGGCCAAAGCAAUGGAAAUACGGGUUCGAACUUGCAGAGAAGUCCCAGUGUUGGUAGUCGACCGUCGUCCAUGUCUCUGUCAUGUGAUCGUCCGGAGAAACCACCGAGACCAGAUGUUCCGGAAACAACCAAGGCACACACGAGGACGAGAUCAGAGGGCAAUAUCAUUGACGUUCAAACGCAGACUGACACGAUUAUUGUCUCUAAAUCGCAACAACAACAACAACAACCAUCGCCAGCAUCCCCAAGGUUUCUACAACGACCGCCAAGACCUCAACCUCCACCGCCACCACCUCCAACUGCUCGGCCUAAAUCUGAGCAGGAAAGUACCAAUUUGUAGAAUUCGUACAGUGCUAGUAAUUAGUUUUUAAAUUCCUGUUUUUUAUAUCAAGCUAUUAUCAAGUCACCCGCUGAAAAAUACGUGAACAUUGUUUUUAUUUUUCAAUUGUCUUCUCAAAUUCUACUUUUUCUAUUGUUGGAUUUUCAAUUUCCACGUUCCCAAAAUUCUGAACUUUCAAAAGAAGGGAAUUUAUUUCUUUUCUCAAUAAAUUAAAAUUUUAUUGUUCUAAUUUUGUCUCACAUAUCAAAAAUGUUAACAAUAAAUUUUCUAAAUUUACAUUUUUUUUUAAUUUUAAUUUUUAAUUAAAUUUGAGUUUUUACUUUUUAUUAUUUAAACUUUUUAUCCUAAACUUUUUCUUAUAUACUUUUUAUUAUAAUUCCUGGAAAUAUUUUUAAUGAAAAAAUUUCUCUCAUUUAAAGUUCAAAAUCUGUGGAUCGUCAAUAUUUUCACUAUGUUUCAAACUUGUUUAGUUAUCAAAAUUUUAAUUUUGUUCAAUACUUGAAAGUUUUACGUCAAUGAAGUUUACGAUAUUUAUGAACAACAAAUAUUUAUAAAAAAUUGAGAGAGAAAAAAAUACUUUUUGACCAGAAGACAAUAUUUUUUAUUUACAAUUUUUUUUAAUUCUUGAUCAAGAAAAAAUUGUAAACACUUUUUUAGACAAAAAUUUGAAUUGAAAAAUAAUUUUUCAGAUAAAGUGUUGUUUAUAUACGUUGUAAAUUUACGUUGGUGAUGUUUACAAAGUUAAUCAACAAUUUAGAAGAAAAAAUAUUUUUUUAUUUAAAUU